AAGCAAUUUUUUUAAAUUUUUUUGAUGAAAAGCAGGUUUAACCUCAAUACCAAAUACCGCAAAAAUCAUAAGUAAACUGCAAUUUUAUAUUUCAUUUCAUUUUUUUUCUUCUUCUCAUGCAUAGACAAGAAAGGAAAGAAUGAUUUUUUAUACAAGAACUCUUCACACAGCCUGAUUGUUGUUCUUGUCACGGACAUAAGCUGUUGUGUGUGAAUUUGUGAUCAGACUAUUGGAAAUAGAUUAAUGGAAUUGUCAUUGCUUGAAAGUCUUUCUUUUUAUCGCAGUGAGCCUGAUUUUUAUUGCUUGUUUCUAGAACCACUCCAAUUCCAAGUCUUAUUUGCCUCUGUAACCAAUAUAUGUUUAUGGAUAAGUACAUUGCAUGUCAUAACAUGUUGUGGAGCCCAUUUUUUAAUGUUGCCGAGUCCAGUGUGAAGCAUCAAUUUAAAAGUGUUAUCUUUCCAAGUGUUUAUCCUUUAGAAGCUUUUACAGGAACCAGAAGAGUUUGCUUUGGACAUUUUCCCCCCCCAUAAACUGUUGAUGUCAUUGUGUAUUUCAUAGAUGGAUUCUCAUGUGGAAGAAGGGUGUUCUUCUGAGACUUUGGCAUUCAUGGAGCUCGCUAUAGAACAGGCGAAAGAAGCUCUGAACAGCCUUGAAGUGCCUGUCGGUUGUGUUAUUGUUGAAGAUGGGAAGGUCAUUGCAUCUGGGAGAAAUCGAACAACAGAGACAAGAAAUGCUACAAGACACGCAGAGAUGGAAGCAAUUGAUGUUCUUCUUGAACAGUGGCAAAAAAGUGGACUUUCAGUGUCAGAAGUUGCUGAAAAAUUUUCAACAUGCAGUCUCUAUGUUACAUGUGAACCAUGUAUAAUGUGUGCUGCAGCUUUGUCGAUACUUGGUAUAAAAGAAGUAUAUUAUGGAUGCGCAAAUGAUAAAUUUGGAGGUUGUGGAUCAAUAUUGUCAUUGCAUUGUAGCAGCUCUAAACUACCUAACAGUGGGGACAUUGCACGAAGGAAAGAUUUCAAAUGUACUGGAGGAAUAAUGGCACUUGAAGCAGUCUCUCUUCUACGACGUUUCUAUGAACAGGGAAACCCCAAUGCUCCAAAACCUCACAGGCCACUGGUUCAACAGGCAACAAACAACUAGACUACCAAAACAAUAUUUCAUUCUUUCUUGCUUCCAGUUGUCUUGAUGUUAGACUUGCGAGAUAAUCAAGUACCUUCAUCAUCUGUGGGAAUUCAGGCAGAGGAAUGUGCUGGUUCAUCAGCAUUGCUUCAACAGUUUAUGAGGGAUCUAGGAGCAAAGCUUUCAUGAUUAGUAGAUUUGAUUUUACACUUUCGACUGUACAAUCUCUUCUCAUCAGUUUCUUUCAAAACCCAGAUAAAAUCUAAGACGUGUAAUAAGAAGUAUUUUAGAUA